CUUUACAUCCUCAUCAUUCAAAGAAAACGACAAUAACAUCAGGGAAUAAACUCAUUAGCCACCACCAUGUCUCGCUCAAUCAAUUUUCUAGCCAUGUUGGUUUUAUUAAUUACGGAAUCAGCCAUGGCUGUUGCAGAAAUUCCAGCUGCACCUUCGUGCAAUGACGCUGGCAAAGCAGCAGUCCCGUGCGUCGACUUCGUGAAAGGCAAAAAUACCGGCGACAGUCCAUCGGCGGCAUGUUGUGCUGGUGUUAAAGAUGUUGCUAGCCAAGCAAAGAGCAAAAGCGAUCAACAAGCUGUAUGCGAGUGCCUUAAAGGAUUAUUGACAACUAUUGGCCCAUAUGACCCCUCUCGAGUCGCUCUAAUUCCCCAGAAAUGUGGUGUUGAUUUUUAUCUUCCUCCAAUUACUAGCAACACAGAUUGUUCCAAGUAUCAAUCUCUUCCUUUGCCUUGA